GGCGUAUCCGGAUCACACAGUGCAGGCAGUGAUGGUGCAGCUCUGGACUGGAAGGGGUUAAAGGACGCCGAUCAGGGAACCAUGGAGAACAGCUCAGCGCACGGGAGCAGCACCCACCGGCCCUCCAACGAGACCCGCACAGAAUUCUCCUGGGACGGGAUUAAUCUCUCCAUGGAAGAUACCACCUCGAUCCUUCCUCGACUGAAGAGACACUCUAAUGCCUAUGGAAUUGGUGCUCUCGCCAAAUCCUCUGUCAAAGGUAUCUCUCGCUCGAUGAAGGAUCAUGUGACCAAGCCGACAGCCAUUGGGUCUGGGCGUGUAGCUCACAUGAUUGAGUGGCAGAGCUGGGGGCAGCCCCCCCCCCCGCCGGCGGAGACCACCCGGUUGGACAGCGACGCCUACUCGGACCUGAGUGACGGAGAGAAGGAGGCUCGGUUCCUUGCAGGGGUAAUGCAGCAAUUUGCCAUCUCGGAGGCAACGCUCAUGGCCUGGUCCUCUAUGGACGGGGAGGAAGAGAGCGUCAACUCCAACCAAGAGAGACAGAGUGAGACCUACCAGGAGCUGCUGGAAAACCAGGACAACCUUGCCCAGACGCACUCUGAUUGCUGGCCGCACUCCUAUGUCUCGCAGGGACUGUACUGCCUUGGCUCAUCGGAGGCAUGGGCCAGCAGCGAGCAGUCUCUGACGGGGUCUCCCGCGCCCCCCGGAGGGCCGGACUCUAUCCCGGGCCCCGAGUUUGAGGAGAGACCGCUGGAGAACAUCUGUGAGAUUAGCUCUCAGUUGCUGCACUCUAAAAUCUCCCCCAUGGAAGAUGACGACGUCUUGUGUCACGACCUGCAGUCUCUGUCGCCCCAGCGAGAGGAAGGCGAGACCCCCCCACACAGCCGCAAAGUGUCCGACGUGGCCACCUCGGGAGUGCAGUCGGGGGAGGAGGAAGAGGAGCGAGAGAUGGAGAACUGAGUGUGAGAGUGUGAGAGACUGCCCUGUGUGUCUGGGUGUCAUUUAUUAUGGGGAGCCACAGAGAGGGGGGUGUGAGUCCUUCUGCGGUUGCUAUGCAGCAAGGUAGGUAGCGACAGUGUCCCCUGUGGUGGGAAGUCUGUGUUUUUCUAGUGUAUUUUAUUUCGGGGGGGGUCCGACCCCCCCCAUUGUGACACUUUGUGUAACCGUCAUGCACGUCCCAUUGGCUCCAGCAGGAAGGGGGGGGGGUCAGUGCCAUUCAUGGGGUGCAUGUAUUAACCCUACAAGUGCUGAGAGGGUGCAAACACCGAUCUGCUCAUUCUAUGCAUUUGGGCGACUGGGGAGGGGGCAACGAGCGGCGCCGAAUGUUCCAUCGUCCUUUCCAUUGGGUUCUGUGUUUGUCUGUGUGACGGGUUCUGCAGUGCGGCCCAGUCUCCCCGCGUUGGUACCGACCCGAUCUGCUUUCUCAGGAACUGCUUUUUCCUUUCUCAGUGGGCAUUACAUUCGGUGGCCAAUCAGGGGGCUUUUUAUUGAGGUGCCAGUAGCCAGGGCCCCCGGUAUUGGUCAUUGGUUUUCCCUAAGGGCGCAGUUUUAUGCUGCCCUUAUGCACGUCAGGAAAGAGCCCCCGGGUGGGGGUAUAAGGGGCCAGUGUUGCCACCCUGGGGGGCAUAUUCUCGGUGAGUGAGUAGUUUAGUUAGUAGAAUAGUCAGUAGUUAGGAGACAUCUGAUUGGUGGGUUCCCUCGGUUAAAGGGGAACUAUUUGCAAAAUACAGUGAAUGUAUCGACUAAGGGCUGGGGGGGGGACUCUGUGCUGAUAAAUGACCCCCAGAACGUGAGAAUGUGGUGGCAAAGAACCAACCGGCCGCACUCGUCUUCCCUUGGACCUUGGAAUGUUGCGUUGGUCCAACCCGGAGAGAUCGGGGGCCCCAUUUCUCCAGCAGACUGGAUCCAACCUUUGCACUGGCAGCAGAAUGGAUCCGCCCCUUGCGCCCUGUGGGAGAGGGCGGAGCAUCUGGUGGGAGGAGCCUGCUGCGCUGGGGAGGUCUCGCAUGCCUUACAGUGACCUCCCCGACCCGACUCAUUGCCAAACCCCAAACUGUAACUACGUUCCUGCCAAAGACCCGGCUUCUUUAACCCCAUCCCUGCCAAAGAGCUCAAACAUUGCUCCUAAUUGCCAACAAAAGCCCCCGGGGGCCGCUCUGUUGCCCCACUGCCUGCUGACGCUUAGGAUCACUCGACUAACAGGUGACCCAAACCUUGUCAUUCAUUGGCCAGAAUCCUGCAAAGCUUCUCUGUACUUGGUCCCUCCAUCUGCAGAGCAUUUCCCCCCAGACUCCUGCAGAGUGUUGCUCCGGCGCUUCCUAUUCCUGAAUGCACUUACCCCCACCCUUAACCCCUGCACAACCUAACGGCCCUCUAGCAAGCUGAUUGGCUUGUUCAGGGCAGCACUGUGUUCCAAUGGCACGUGGUUUAUGGGAGGGGGGCACUGUGGCCUCAUGAUAACAAUAUGGCACCGUGGCCCCAUGAUAGCACCGUGGCCCUAUGAUAGCACUAUGGCACCGUGGCCCCAUGAUAACAAUAUGGCACCGUGGCCCCAUGAUAGCACUGUGGCACCGUGGCCCCAUGAUAGCACCGUGGCCCCAUGAUAGCACUAUGGCACCGUGGCCCCAUGAUAGCACUGUGGCCCCAUGAUAGCACCGUGGCCCCAUGAUAGCACCGUGGCCCCAUGAUAGCACCGUGGCCCCAUGAUAGCACCGUGGCCCCAUGAUAGCACUGUGGCCCCAUGAUAGCACGUGGCCCCAUGAUAGCACCGUGGCCCCAUGAUAGCACCGUGGCCCCAUGAUAGCACCGUGGCCCCAUGAUAGCACCGUGGCCCCAUGAUAGCACCGUGGCCCCAUGAUAGCACUGUGGCCCCAUGAUAGCACUUUUCUGAGAGUUUGCUGUAAAGCGACUCAUUGAGAAAUAUCAUUAUUUCUGAGUAUUUUGUAUCAUGAGUCGGAAUUCUAUUGGCCGGAAAGUAAACCUGAUACAGAUGCAGAUCAGUCCAAGUUACAGUGAAUUCCAUUGGCCGGGGAGCGGGAAGUCUCAGUAAUGAAGCAGCAGGUCCCCAGGGCUCUCAUUGGCCACUGAGCAACCCAAAACCAACUCCCAGUGUAGACUGCCCAGCACACACUGCCCAACCCAAUAGACUGCCCAACAUAGACUGCCCAACGCACACUUCCCAACAUACACUGCCCAACACACACUGCCCAACACACACUGCCCAACAUAGACUGCCCAACACACACUGCCCAACAUAGACUGCCCAACACACACUGUCCAACAUAGACUGCCCAACAUACACUGGCCAACAUGGUGCUUCAGCAGAUGAAGCAGCUGAUCUCCAUAGUACAUAGAUAUUGGUUAGGGUGGUCCGGCGAGUCUAUAUGUGCCACAUACGGCCUGUAUGGGGGUAAUGUACUCCCUACUGUAAAUGAUAAGGAUAUUAGAAGUCACUGAGGGUUACAGGACAGGGAGCUCUCUCUAUAGAGUAUAUAUGCUUUAUGGUCCCUCUGUAUAUAAAACAAUUAGUGGGGGGGGCACCUGUAUAUAAUACAAUUAGU